CCAUUGCGAGGAAGCCGGAGUGUGUUAGCCAAUCGCAUUGCGGAAGGCGGGAUUUGUCCGAAUGCGGGUCGGAGAGAUAAACUGAUUGUGCUGCGGCUGAGCGGAGGGAAAUGUCGGUGAGUAGAGGAGCUUCAGGUAUCGCUGCGUGUCCGUGUGUAUAGUCUUUCUAUGAGAAGAGAGGCUGUGAGGAAGAGAGAGAGAGGGCGCUCUGGGGGACUGUACGAGUGUGCGGUGACCUGCUGUGAGCAGCUGCGGGACUUUGGUGUGGGAUAAGCGGGGUUCCAGGAGCUGUGACCGGAUUGACAGAGAGAGGGAUUCACUGACACCGGAGCAGAAGCAAGGGGAGAUUUGCAUAGCCAGAGCGCUGAGAGCCGCCAGUCCCGGACCUGUGUGUGUGUGUGUGUGUGUGUGUGUGUGUGUGUGUGUGUGUGUGCGCGCGCGCGCGCGCCCCCCUGCCUGCCUGCCAGCCUGCCUGGAGACUCGCACUGCACCUGGUGAGCGGUGGGAGAGCAGCAGAUGUCCGGCUACAUGGAGGCCCGAGCUGUUCACGCAGUGACGAUCUGAGUGUCGGGAGAGAGUGAGGAUGCUGGGGGAGGGGAGAGUAGUGGAGGAAUGGCUUUCAGAAUUCAAGACACUACCCGAGUCUCAAUUCUCCAGCUACGCGAGCUCUCUCUAUCGGAAGAAGAAUCUGGUUCCGGCCCUCUACAGAGUCAUCCAGGACCCGCACAGUGAGCUUUUGGAACCAGUGUGCAAUCAGCUGUUUGAGCUGUACCGAAACUCAGAUGCCCGCCUGCGGCGCUUCACCCUGCAGUUCCUGCCUGAGCUGGUGUGGGUUUACCUGCGAUUCACAGCCAGCAGGGAGCGCCAGAUCAACGGCUGCAUCGAGGCUCUGCUGCUGGGGAUCUACAACCUGGAGAUUGUAGACAAAGAGGGAAACAGCAAGCUGCUGUCCUUUACCAUUCCUUCACUGUCUAAGCCAUCUAUAUAUCACGAGCCCUCCAGUCUCGGUUCCAUGGCACUGACAGAGGGAGCUCUAAGUCAGCAUGAUCUAAUCAGAGUGGUUUACAGCGGCCUGCAUCCCCAGAGAGAGACCUUCACCGCUCAAAACAGGUUCGAGGUGCUGUGUUUCCUCAUGCUGUGCUACAACUCAGCCAUGGUGUACAUGCCCUCCUCGUCAUACCAGGCCGUGUGCCGCAUGAGCUCACGGUUGUGUGUGUGUGGGUUUCCACGGCAGCAGCAGAAGACAUGGCGGGAACCCUGUAACCGCGUGAUACUGGACGCUGAGUUCAUGGUGCAGAUGCUCACCGCCAUCUAUCAUGCAAUUUAUAAUGGGGAGUGGGAUCUCGGGAGAGAGGCGCUGGAUGAUAUCUUAUACAGAACCCAGCUGGAACUCUAUUCUGAACCUCUAUUGUUGGGGAAUGCGAUGAAGAACUCCUUGCCAGACAGCGCUCCGGAUGGUUCUCAAGGGAAGAAGGUACUGCAGGUGGAGGUGACUCCUACUGUCAGGAGGAUCUCUCGCUCCGCUGUUACUGCGGCCUCGAUUCGUAGGCUUCGCUGGAAGAGAGAAGAUUGUUUUGACUUCUCGACCGAGGCCGAGUUCAACCUCUCCAUCCAUUCCGGCCUUCACGCUUCCAUGGAGCCGGCAGCCAAUCCCGUGAGAGGAGGGAGGGGCAUACUCACGGUCACACUUGAGGAUGCUGAUGGCAUGAGCGCAGGCGAAGAGUCCUUCAACCUAAACGAUCCCGACGAAGGGUUCUCCUCCGGAGCGUCCAACAGCAGCCAGCCGAGCACAGGCAGACCCGCAGGGAGUGGAGGAGGGCGGGCCAGCACGCAAAAGAGCUCCAAGAAGAGCGGCUCAAGUCGCGCACACCGGGAAAAAGAGAGAGACGCCUCGGCCGAGAAACAUAAAGAGCCGCAGCACCCACAGAGAGCUCAGUCUCCCCCGCCUGCCAUCACACUGGACACCAUCGAACUGACCCCCAUGAAGAAGACGCAGAGCCUGAGCCGGACCUGCAGCAUGAACGCCGGAGUGUGCGGAGAGCAGGAGGACGGAGGAACGGGCGGAGGACUCGGAUCCGGAGGAGGAGCAGGAGGAGCGCACCGCCUUUCUAGCCUCAGUCUGAAAGAGGAACAUCUGGUGCGGCCUGAUGGGGGGAAAGACCUGCUGUCUCCUGGAGCUCCUCUUACCAAGCAGUCUCGCUCGCCCAGCUUCAACAUGCAGAUCAUAUCACAGGUGUAGCUCACACACCUGCAACAAAACCAUCUCAUCUGCUUCCUGUUUCUCUCCAUCCAUUAUUUUGUUUAAGCAGAACCCUGAUCACUAGUGUGGGUCUGUCUCUCUCUCUCUCUCUCCCUCUUUUUUCUGCCCUUUUUUUUUUUUAUUUUUAUUUUUUUUUUUUACCCAUUUUAUGCAAAUCUGAAUCGGCGCAAAUGAAACGGCAGUAAAAUCCGCUUUAUUUGGGCUGAGGUAGACGUGUCGGAUAAACAAAAGGCUGACCCUACGGCCGCAUUACACACUAUACCGAAUCUACAAAAUGAACAAUGUUCGAUGGAAAUUUGUAAGACGUUUCUAAAACGUUUGGACGGAAACAUAACCGUUCUUCUCUCCUAACCGUCUCUCCUCCUCUCGCUAUGUAUUUUCCUCAGACCAAAUUAAGCAUUCCACUUUUAACAGACCAGAACAGAGCGACGUUUUGGAUUUGGAUGCACCACCUGGUCAGGUCUCCUGGUCAGAAUCUCCACUUUGUCGACAAUUCAUCCACACCUGGCCAGACGUUCUGAAAUAAAACUGACCAGUGGAGAUGUCCUGAACAUACUGCCUCACCAAUGCUUAACAGAAACGACGCAGGCUAGCGAAGUCAUUUUUGACAUAGAAGCGUUAUUAGAUGAACCCUAAGCCCCGAUGUUUCAGGGGUGAAUACAGGCCAGUCUCCAUUAUUAAAGCGAUUACCUGUGUUUCGAGUCCGGCAUCGAGUGUUUUAACCACUUUGGAGGCAGUGGAGAUAGAGGUUGAGUUAAUAUGGCUCUAACCAUUAGAGAUAAGGCAUAUUAUAUUAUUUAUUGUUAUGGGAUCUUCAGAGAUUAGUCUAUAUUUUUAAAAAAAAAAAAAAAAAGUAAGCAAUAAAUCUUAGGUUGUUCAUCUGACACAAAGCAAUCAUUGCUGUGUCUCAGUAUGCAUUCCUGCUGAACUCCUGGGUCCUGUGCAAUUUCUAUCAAGGUCUUAUAUUUAUUAUUAUUAUUAUUAUUAUUAUUAUUAUUAAAAUUAAAACGUGCAGAUGUUUAGUUAUUUUCAUUUCUACGUUCCGUCCCACAGACGGCUGUAUUCAUACUAUUAAAUCUUUUCAUUUUAAAUGUCUUUAUAAAAAAAAAAAAAAAAAAAAUGUCUUAACAUUAUCUGCGACCUUGAUUUUGCUUUUUUUUUCUUUCUUUCUUUUUUUCUUUUUAAAAAAAAAAAAUCUACAUAAUCUAUUAAUAUAUGGUUUGACCUGUAUGAUUUAAGAUUUUUAUUUUUUUUUGUUGUUCAUUAAUCAACCUGUUUAAUCAAACACCGAUGUAUUUUGCCGACUUCUAGUCGUCUUUCGAGUCGUCUGUCUCAAAUCCCAGAGGCCAAGAUGUUUAAGGAUGUUGUCGGUGUGAUUGUGUCGACGAUCUGAACCCAAGCAGGAGAAUCAUAACGUGUGGUGAAAAGAAAACGCUGCCGAGUCGAACGAUAUUUCAUGCUAGGACCUUUCCGGACUCCCGCUGAGGGGGUGAACAUUUCUCACAACCUUCCUCGUCGAGAGAUUUGUGCAGAAGCGUAAGAAGCGUGAUUCUGAUGUGCUGGUGUCAAACACACAUGGUGAAGCUGUAAUAUCCUGUAUUACCCUCAGAAGUCCUAGUGUGUGUGUGUGUGUGUGUGUGUGGUGUUUUGUGUCAGGAAAUCAAACAGGGAUCCUUGAUUCAUUAGUUCUACCUCGUCUUCUAUCCAUCAGGCGUUCAAACACUGGACUCUUACGCUGUCUAGUUGUGUGCUGAAAAAUCCCUGACAGUGACUGAAGAUUUAUCCCUGAAUGUUUAGUCGUGGUUCUUCAGUCCUAAAUCAUUUCAGUUAAGGCCUGUUUCACUAUGUUUAUAUUCUUUCGAUGGUGCAUUGAACCAGAAACGCCAUCUAGUGGUCGAACCCGAUGACAUUUUGUUCCUGCUGGAUAAUCAUAAGCGUGUAGGUGUCUGUCCUUUGCAUGUGUGGGUUUUUUUUUUUUUUUUUUUUUUUUUUCGCCCGUUAGCCAGUUUGCACGCACGACAUGCUUUAGCUGUUUGAUUUUGGACCUUCAUUCACUGAGCAGAACUUCAGAUCAGUAAUCGCUGUCACUGCACAUUCGGUUAAUGUGAAUGCUGGCUUUCGUCCAUCAUGCUGUUUAGUAUACACAGAGUAGAUGUGUGCAUCGGGACUGGAAACCCACGGAACCCAACAAAAGUCAUACAUUUUUUUUUUUUACGCUCUUUACUGCAGAAGGUUGGGGAAUACAGUAGAACCAAAUAAUUUCAACAAAAAAAAUAUAUUGCGGGCAUUAACGUAAAAAAAAUUUAAAAUAAUAAUAAUAACUGCAAGACCUGAAGAGAUUAGUCAAUAUUUCUGUAGGAGUAGACGGGUUGGUCAAACUUUAUGCAGUAGUGUUGGGAUUAGUCAAAAUUUCUGCAUUGGACAAAGUUUCUGCAAGAGCAGGAGAGAUUACUGUGGGAACAGGCGGGGUCUGAUUAAACAUUCUGUUUCUAUGGGAGUUGGAAGAAUCAAUCAAACUUUCUUCACGAGUGGAUGGGAUUGGUCGACCUUUCUGCAAGAGCAGGAGGGACUACAGUAGGAACAGGCGGGGUUAGUCAGAAUUUCUGCAGGAGCAGACUAGGAAAGUUGGUCAGGUUUUCUGUGGGAGUGGAAGGGAUUAGUCAGACUUUCUGUGGGGUAGGUGGGAUUAGUUGGACUCUCUCUGUGGGAGCAGGUGGGACUAGUCAAACUUUCCGCAGGAUUGGUCAGGUUUUCUGAGAGUGUGGACAAGAUUGGUCAGACUUUCUGCAGGAGCAGCUGGUAUGGUUAGACUUUCUGCAGGAUUGGACAGGAUUGGUCAGACUUUCUGCAGGAGACGAUGGGAUUGGUCAGACUUUCUGCAGGAGAAGGUGGGAUUGGUCAGACUUUCUGCAGGAGAAAGUGGGAUUGGUCAGACUUUCUGCAGGAGAAAGUGGGAUUGGUCAGACUUUCUGCAGGAGACGAUGGGAUUGGUCAGACUUUCUGCAGGAGAAGAGGGGAUUGGUCAGACUUUCUGCAGGAGACGAUGGGAUUGGUCAGACUUUCUGUAGGAGACGAUGGGAUUGGUCAGACUUUCUGCAGGAUACGAUGGGAUUGGUCAGACUUUCUGCAGGAGCAUGCGGGAUUAGUUAGACUUUCUGCAGGAGCAUGCGGGAUUAGUUAGACUUUCUGUGGGUGCAGGCAGGAUCUGUCAGACUUUCUGUGGGACUGGGUGGAAUUAGUCAAAAUAUUUGCAGGAGCAGGUGGGAUUGGUCCGACUGUAUGCAGAAUCAAGGAUUGGGCAAUUUUUUGGCAUGAGCAGACGAGAUUACACAAACUUCGCAGGAGAACUAGCGGAAUUGAUCGAACAUUCUGAGGAAGCGUGCAGGAUUAAUAAAAGUUUCGGAUGCUACAAGCAGGAUUCGUCAGACGUUUUGCUGUAGCAGAUGGGAUUGUUUAAACUUGUUGCAGGGGCAGCUGGGAUUAGUCAGACUUUGUCAGGGAGAGGGCGAGAUCGCUCAGAACUCGUUUGGGAGUGGGAUUUAAAAACCAGCCUCUGUGCACACUUCUACCAGUGAGACCUCGAUGCCUCUUCAUCUCACGUCUUAUCUGAUGUGCCAACAUCCUCCUGAGAAUGACUGCUUUCACAGUCCUCGUCUUAUGUGGAAUCUUUUUUUUUUUUGGACCAUUUGGUUUAAUAGCAGUCUUAGUUUAAAUAUGUAAGUUCAAGAAGAUGUGGUGUAUUUGGAUCGACGUAUAACAGUGUCUUAUAAAUCUAUAACGUCACCCGUGCUGAGAUUUUUAUUUUUUUUGUGAACAUGUGUAUGUACCCAUCUAUGGUAUGUAUGUGGUGUAGAUCUACAGGUGUGUGUUAUUCCUGUAGGUUUGGUUUUUAUUUCGCGUGUGCCGGGAGAGCACAGCCUAUCGCAUCAAUCUGCCAUGAUCUUUAGCUAGAUUCAUGGGUUUUUAAGGUAGUGCGGUCGGUGUAUGUGUACGGCAGAGCUUCUGGACAAACCGUCGAGAUGAUCUCUUACUCUACAGCCCUGAUUUGUUUAAAUCUGCCUUUCCGUACUGAGCAGUAUGGUAAAAGUGACUUGACGGAAUUGUGUUAGGAUGAGAUCCGCUGUCAUGUUUUGUUAUGAACUGUCUUCACCUCCUCCCGGUGACGUGGAGGACGGCCGGUCUGUGCAUUCGCUGUACGGUUUGUUCUCAUCAGCGUUCUUCACCUCACCGUACUGUAUAUUUUGUGGUGUGUUCCACUGCUCUCGCGCAUUCAUCCUCACGAAGGCUUCGUUAUUGGAUUGAAUGAGGUGAAGACUGAAACAUCCAGGUCUGUAGUUGGAACACAAUCUGAGACUGUACUUACGCUCGUCACUGGGAUGGCAUCCUCAAGGGCACAUCCUCGGUAUCUACCAUCUUGUCUUUCACUUAAAAAGUGAAUGUUUUUAAAUGUACCUUUAAAACUCGUGUUGCGUAAUUGGAGCACCGCUGUACCUUUCCAAAUGUGCAUUGUACUCACUGUUGAAGCUCCAGGCAAAAGAUAUACUCUGUAUGAAAGGUACUGAAGGUGUAUCCUUGAUGGUUUUUACAGUCGGUACAGUUUAGUCAUUUUUGUUUGUUUGUUUGUCUUUUAUGUCGAAAGUUAAAUGAACAGUUUGGCCAAAAAUGAAAUGUACACUUUUCACCUUUACCCCAAAUGUACUCGAUCAUCCAGGGCAUGUUUGGUGUUUGACGUUUACUCGACUUAAAAGACUUUUUGGGACGUGGUGGUGCAGUGCUCAAGGCUCUAGGCUACUACUCAGAAGGUAAUGAGUUUAAAUCGCAGCACCGACACACACUCACGGUCGGGUCCUCGAGCAAGACCUUUAACCAUUAAUUGCUCAGACGGCUCCCGUCUGAACUGUAGAUCAGCUAAUGAGACGAUUCCGGGCUCGGCGAUAACGUUUAUAAACAUGUAAACGACUCCACGGAGAAGAUGAUAUACAAAUUCAAUUGGAACUGCAUUAUCUUGAAAAUCACUUAGGCCACGCCUCCUACUCGAAUCCGAUGCCCAGAGUGAUCUCAAACUUUGCCGAAAAAGAGAGAUUCUUGCUUCGGUUUGGCCAUGUCAAUGUUUGUUAUUUUCGUUUGUUACUCAUCAUCCGUUUGUACAUUUUGAGUUCAGUUUAAUGAUGCAAGUAUGUGAUGAUUUUUUUUUGGGGGGGGCGGGGUUUGCACAACGCUAUCUUCAGCCACCAAUCUCCUUGGCUCAGUAACUACAAUUGUGGUAAUCGGGACAUCGUGUCAGUUUUCAUUUUUGGUGAAGUAUCUUGCUGGUUAUAACAUGGAUGUGUACUAUCAGUGUCCCUUCUCCUGUUCUCACUCAGACCAAACUGCUAACAGAGAGACGUGUGUUUAGUCCACCCUCUUUGUCUCUUGGUGAUUGGAUUGCAUGUGAUUAGUGUGGGCCUUCUUUUCAUACGAUGCACUUUAUCCAGUCUUUGAUGUUGUGGGUGACUGACAAUAGAUGUAUAUUUGUUUGUGUGUGUGUGAGAGAGAGCGAGAGAGAGAGAGAAAAUGUGUGCAUUUGAAACAGAACGGAAGUGAACGCCAACUCCUACUACAGACUACUCGGCUACUAUUACAGCGGAACGCACACCGUUCCUCACAAUCCAAAUACUCUCCGUUUGGUGUCCUUCAGGUGUUCUUCCUUCUUCUCUACACCCAACAGUUGGUCGUUUCUACUGUUUUUAUUUCAAACGGAUUCUAUGCAACUUGAGGUUGUUGGGUGUUUUUUGUUGUUUUUUUUUUUUCCCCCCCUAAAUCUCUGGGUAGCUGGUAGGUUUUAGCUGGAAUGCAUGUGCGAGUUCCUCCUCAGGUCCUUCAGCGAGGAACCACAUCAGAGUUGCUGCUGUUUCAAGCAAAUAAUCUCUUGGUUUUAGGGUAAGAGGUAAUAGGUGUGUAUGUGUGUGUGUGUGUACGUUUGUGCACGUGUGUGUCUUAAAAAAAAAACAAAAAAUCAGUAAAUAAAAGUUUCUAAGUCAGUUGGACCUUGUUGAGCUUGCAGGUUUCUUUAACUUGAUCUUCAGGAGCCUGAAACAGAGGUAUGGUGUUAUGUAGUUAAUGGAGCGAGUGGUUACGCUGUACAAAAGGAUUUCAUCCGGAAGAUGUAAAGCAGAGCUGUAACAAAGCAAUUUCCGAAGUGAAAUACUGUACCAUUGAUGUAAAUGGAAAGAUUAUUUUAAAUCCUUGUAAAUAAAACUGUACAAAAAGAGCGAACGUGAGAUGUUAAUAUCAGUCUGCGAUGCAGGAGAAUAUAGAUCUGUAUAUCGGUGAAUAAAUCUUGUGCUGUAA